AUGGCGCACAUCUACGAGAUCGGCACACGGGCCUGGCAGCCCGACCCGACAGAAGGAUGGUUGGCAUCCGAGGUGAAGGAGAAGCUGGUGGAUGGAGAGAAAGUGCAGCUGAUUUUUGAGUUGGAAAAUGGGGAGACAAAAACCGUGGAGACCACGCAGUCUGAGCUGCAGGUCGAUAACAAUCCCAAAUUACCCCCGCUCAUGAACCCUACUAUGCUUGAGGCAAGCGAAGACUUGACGAACUUGUCUCACCUGAACGAGCCCGCUGUCCUCCAGGCUAUAAAACUCCGUUAUGCCCAGAAGGAGAUAUAUACCUACAGUGGUAUCGUUUUGAUUGCGACCAACCCAUUCGCCCGAGUCGAUUCGCUCUAUGUGCCGCAGAUGGUGCAGGUUUAUGCUGGGAAACACCGCGCUUCCCAGGCGCCUCACCUGUUCGCAAUUGCCGAGGAAGCUUUCGCUGAUAUGCUUCGUGAUGGAAAGAACCAAACGAUCGUGGUCUCCGGUGAAUCUGGAGCCGGUAAGACCGUGAGCGCCAAAUAUAUCAUGCGUUACUUUGCGACCCGCGAGUCCUCGGAUCAGCCUGGAAAAUACACCACCAGCCGUGCGGAUGCCAUCAGUGAAACUGAGGAGCAAAUCUUAGCUACCAACCCGGUCAUGGAAGCGUUCGGUAACGCCAAAACCACCCGUAACGACAAUUCUUCCCGUUUCGGUAAAUACAUCGAGAUCAUGUUCGAUGAUCGGACAAACAUUAUCGGAGCUAAGAUUCGGACGUAUCUCCUUGAGCGGUCGAGACUGGUCUUCCAACCCCUCAAAGAGCGCAAUUACCAUAUCUUCUACCAGCUGGUGGCUGGUGCUUCCGAGGCGGAGAAACAAGAGCUGGGUCUCUUGUCUGUUGAAGAAUUUGAGUAUCUGAACCAGGGCGGCACUCCAAUCAUCGACGGUGUCGAUGAUAAAGCCGAAUUUGAAGCGACCAGGAAGUCGCUGGCUGUCAUCGGUGUGCCCAAGGAAGACCAAACCGGCAUCUUCCGGGUUCUUGCUGCUCUGUUGCAUCUCGGUAAUGUCAAGAUUACCGCCACUCGCACAGAUUCGUCAGUCUCGUCGACCGAGCCUGCACUUGUCCGUGCGUGUGAGAUGCUUGGAAUCGAUGCGACAGAAUUUGCGAAGUGGAUUGUGAAGAAGCAGCUGAUUACGCGCGGCGAGAAGAUUACCUCUAAUCUAACGCAGCAACAGGCGUUGGUUGUCCGAGACUCCGUCUCCAAGUUCAUUUAUUCAAGUCUGUUCGAUUGGUUGGUUGACAAGAUCAACCGACGUCUUGCUACUGAUGAAGUUCUGGAGAAAUUCAAGUGCUUCAUUGGUGUCCUGGAUAUUUACGGCUUCGAGCAUUUCGCCAAGAACUCCUUCGAACAAUUCUGUAUCAACUAUGCCAACGAGAAGCUCCAGCAGGAAUUCAAUCAGCACGUGUUCAAGCUUGAGCAGGAAGAAUAUGUUCGCGAAGAGAUUGACUGGACUUUCAUCGACUUUUCGGAUAAUCAGCCUUGUAUUGAUCUCAUCGAAGCGAAGCUCGGUGUCUUGGCUCUUCUGGAUGAAGAGUCUCGACUUCCUAUGGGUUCAGACGAGCAGUUUGUCACUAAGCUUCACCAUCACUUUGCGGCCGACAAGCAGAAGUUCUACAAGAAGCCUCGCUUCGGUAAAUCUGCAUUCACCGUCUGUCACUACGCUGUUGAUGUCACCUACGAAUCUGAUGGGUUUAUUGAAAAGAAUCGGGACACUGUGCCGGAUGAGCAUCUGGAAGUCUUGCGCAAUUCAUCCAAUCCUUUCAUCAAGGAGAUUCUAGAGACUGCCGCGGCGGUUCGUGAGAAGGAUUCUGCUUCUAUGUCGUCCAAGCCAGUCGCAGCGGCUCCAGGGCGUCGAAUUGGUGUUGCAGUCAACCGAAAGCCCACGCUUGGCGGAAUUUUCAAGUCUUCACUGAUUGAAUUGAUGCACACCAUUAACAGUACCGAGGUUCAUUACAUCCGUUGUAUCAAGCCCAAUGAGGCGAAGGACGCUUGGAAGUUUGAGGGUCCCAUGGUUCUCAGCCAGCUGAGAGCUUGUGGUGUUCUCGAAACUGUCCGAAUUAGUACCGCCGGUUACCCUACCAGAUGGACUUACGAGGAAUUCGCCAUCCGCUACUACAUGUUGUGCCAUUCCUCUCAAUGGACCUCGGAGAUUCGAGACAUGUGCCAUGCCAUCCUUCGAAAGGCCCUGGGAGAUGAAAAGCAGGACAAAUACCAGCUUGGUCUUACCAAGAUCUUCUUCCGGGCUGGUAUGCUUGCAUUCCUGGAGAACCUCCGAACUUCCAGAUUGAAUGAAUGCGCCAUCAUGAUCCAGAAGAACCUGCGUGCCAAGUACUAUCGCCGCCGCUACCUUGAUGCUCGUGAUGCCAUUCUCACCACUCAGGCCUUUAUCCGCGGUUUCCUAGCACGGCAACAGACUCAUGAAAUUCGCCGAACCAAGGCUGCUACUACGAUCCAGCGGGUCUGGCGUGGACAGAAGGAGAGGAAGCAGUACACUGAAAUCCGCAAGAACUUUAUUCUGUUUGAGUCUAUCGCCAAGGGAUUCCUGUGUCGACGCAACAUUAUGGACUCUAUCAAUGGAAAUGCAGCCAAGGUCAUCCAACGCGCUUUCCGCACGUGGCGUCAAUUGCGCUCCUGGAGACAGUACCGCCGCCAGGUUAUCACUGUCCAAAACCUCUGGAGAGGUAAACAGGCACGAAACUCGUACAAGAGACUCCGUGAGGAUGCCCGCGAUCUCAAGCAAAUUUCUUACAAGCUGGAGAAUAAGGUCGUUGAGUUGACUCAGUACUUGCAAAGUCUCAAGCUUGAGAACAAGACCUUGGUCUCGCAGCUGGACAACUACGAUUCCCAAUUGAAGUCGUGGAGAACCCGACACAAUGCCCUGGAAACUCGCACGAAGGAGCUCCAGGCUGAAGCAAACCAGGCUGGUAUCACCGCUGCUCGGUUAGAGGCAAUUGAGGAGGAGAUGAGCAAGCUUCAACACAGCCACACUGAAGCUCAGGCUAACAUCAAGCGCCUCCAAGAGGAGGAGAGAAUUUCCCGUGAGGCUCUCCAAACUGCUAAUGAGGAGCUGGAGCGCCUGAGGCUCUUGGAUACCGAUCAUGAGAAAGAUAAGACUGCCCUUCGUCAGCGGAUUGCCGAUCUUGAGGAACAGCUUGAGGUUUCCAAGAGAUCUGUGCCUUUGCACGGUGUGAACGGCGAUGGACUGCCCAACGGUGGAGCAGCACAGGUCUCUACCCCGGGAUUGAUCAACCUAGUCUCUUCGAAGAAGCCUAAGCCCAAGAGACGCAGUGCAGGUGCUGAGAAGAUUGACACGGAUCGCUUCAGCGGUGCAUACAACCCUCGCCCUGUUUCAAUGGCGGUCACCCCUGGAUCUAUGAUGGCCCGUCAGAAUGCGGCCAUCUCUCCUGGUCUAGAGUCGGUAGAGGUCGAACUCGAGAACUUGCUUUCUGAAGAAGAGGACCUGAACGAGGAAGUUGCCAUGGGUCUUAUUCGCAACCUGAAGAUCCCGCUCCCAAGUUCGGCACCACCUCCCACUGAAAAGGAAGUCCUGUUCCCGGCAUACCUCAUCAACCUUGUUACAUCAGAGAUGUGGAACAAUGGAUUUGUUAAGGAGUCGGAGCGAUUCUUGGCCAAUGUGAUGCAGUCCAUCCAGCAAGAAGUCAUGCAGCAUGAUGGAGAUGACGCGAUCAACCCCGGUGCUUUCUGGUUGUCUAACGUGCACGAGAUGCUAUCCUUUGUCUUCCUGGCCGAGGAUUGGUAUGAAGCACAGAAGACCGAGAAUUACGAGUAUGAUCGCUUGCUGGAGAUUGUCAAGCACGACCUUGAGAGCUUGGAAUUCAAUAUCUACCACACUUGGAUGAAGGUCUUGAAGAAGAAGCUGUACAAGAUGAUUGUUCCCGCCAUCAUUGAGUCUCAGUCGCUUCCAGGCUUUGUCACCAGUGAAACGAAUCGUUUCCUCGGCAAGCUUCUGCCCAACAAUAAUAACCCAGCUUACAGCAUGGACAACCUCCUCAGUCUUUUGAACGGUGUUUACAAGGCAAUGAAGGCCUUCUACCUCGAAGAUACCAUCGUCACGCAGACCGUCACCGAGCUCUUGCGUCUUGUUGGUGUCACCGCUUUCAACGAUCUCCUCAUGCGACGCAACUUCCUGUCUUGGAAGCGUGGUCUGCAGAUCAACUACAACAUCACUCGAAUUGAAGAAUGGUGCAAGAGUCACGAUAUGCCCGAGGGAACGCUGCAGCUGGAGCAUCUGAUGCAAGCAACCAAGCUUCUGCAGCUGAAGAAGGCAACUUUGAACGAUAUCGAGAUCAUUCAGGAUAUUUGCUGGAUGCUAUCUCCGAAUCAAAUCCAGAAACUGCUGAACCAGUACCUGGUCGCAGAUUACGAACAGCCUAUCAACGGCGAGAUCAUGAAGGCCGUCGCCUCUCGCGUCACAGAGAAGAGCGAUGUGCUCCUUUUGGCUCCAGUAGAUAUGGAGGACAGUGGGCCGUACGAGAUCGCCGAGCCGCGUGUCAUCACUGCUCUGGAGACCUAUACCCCAUCCUGGCUCCAAACACCACGGUUGAAACGCCUUGCUGAGAUUGUCUCCGCGCAAGCGAUGGCGCAGCAAGAGAAGCUCGACUUGGACAACGGAGCGAUUUCGGAAUAG